ACUGCACCGUAAGCUUGAGGCCUGCUUUGGCACAGCACUACUUAACUUACCAUGAACUGCUCAGCGUCCGAGUCUGGUGAUUCAAAGCGUCUGUCAUGGGGAAGAGUGGUACAAAAACUCCUCGACUUCAACCACGUCGCCGAUGCAACAUCAAUCGACAGCUCUGAGAAACGAGAUUCAGAAUGUUCAUCGGUGGUUUCAAUAGAAGACCCUUUUGAGGAGGCGCUGUGUGCUGAGACUCUGGAUAAUCUCUCUGAAAUUCUUGGCGAGGCCAGUGCCAGAGCCCUGGGAUGGUCUAGGCUUCUUGUUCCUCAUCAGUUACUGGAGCACAUUAGACAGGAGCUCCUCCACCUGGCUGCUGGAGAACCCUGCGGUCUGAGAGGGGCUCUAAUAGACCUGUGUAUAGAGAAUGGCGAGUCCUAUCAAAACGUCGGACAGCUGUCUGUGGAUCACUGUACUGUGCCAACUUUCCACGUCACUUUUUUGCUGCGGCCAGAUCUUGGAGGACUGUGGCCAAAGUUUACCAGAAGGCUUAGCAAUUCCAUCAGACUGAGUACAGGCUUCACGGCGGUCAAAAGGAAGCUUUACAGCUCAGCUGAAGUUUACAUAGAGGAAUUGUGACCCGAAGAUAUUGAUCACAGAGGGCACAAGGACUUUGCAUUUUUUUUUCUUAUUUAAGAAAAUGUUUUCAAAUUUGUAUAUAUGGGUUUUACCAUAUGCUUCACUGGCAGAAAUACCAACUCAGGUCAAGCAAUGCUAGGAAUGUAUUUAUAAAACGUCCAUUGUUGGACGAAUGGCAGCUUUUUAAACUUCCUUAAAAAGGACAUUUUUAUUAUAAGACUUAUUUUAUGAAUUUUUGAAUACUAAAGUGCCUUGGUUAUGCUGGAACAUUGACACAAAAUAAACUUAUGUUUUCACUAUUUGAUGGAGUAUGUUUAUAUUUUGUGUUUGAGAUCAAACCAUGCCAUCAAAUGUAUUUUGAAUCUGAGCAUACUUAAUUUGACUGAUACAUUUGUGUUUUCAAUUCACUUUAAUAUUAUGCUUACAUGGUAAACAUUACAGGAUUAAAGUAAACUGUAAAUUACUGUAUUAAUCUACAUAUACAGAAAGACAAUUUUAAUAUUAAAUCAGUCAUAUUGUUCAGACUAACACAAAUAAUUCUUAUAAAUUAAGUGAAGUACAAUUUGUAUGGAGUAAUUGGCAACUAAUGAUGCACUUAAACAUUUCAGAAAACUCAAAUGUGAGGCUUUUCCUCUUAAACAAGAUUAAGGCCCAAAUACAGGCAUACUCACACAUCGUCUUCCAUUUUGCAGAAAUAAUGUGUAAUAUAUAAAGAUAAUUGUAUAUUGAGAUAAGAAGCAUUGCUCUUGAUAAUAAAAUAAGAUGCAGAUCUGGGAUGAUUCAAUUUUAAUAAAUACAGAUCAAAAUUCUUUCAUUAAUCUCAAAUGCUUAUUAAAAAAAAACAACAAGCAAAUCUACAGUGAACAAUGAAUUAAA